AUGUCUGGAAGAAUGGCAAAUAACUACACGUUUUUCGAUGGAAGGUUACAUGUCGUGGUAAGUUGCACCAAGUGUUGAUUUAGAUUUUAGAUCUAUUUUGUGUUAUUGUGCAUACUAUAUCUUAUACUAAGCAUUUCCCAGUAUUAUCUGACUGUUUUUUUUAAAUGCUUAAAGUCCCAUAUAUUACGAUUGAUAACUCCCAUGCUUAAAAAAUAUUUUUUAGCACGCAUCUUUUAUUGCACUUGGACUAAACAUGGCCGUCAGUUUGUUUGCCGUCAACUUUUUUCCUGGCUGGCUGAAACUCGCUCCUGCCCUCGUCAUUUUACUCAUCCACGCCCUGAUUGCCUUUGGAGUUCAGCAAAGGAUCAGUGCCAUUAUUCUGAUGGCCAUGGGAUUGUUUGUAAGUCCAUAUUACCAUUUUAGCUAGACUAAAAACAAAUGAGCAUAAGUUUACUUUAAAUUCACUUUAUCUGAUCAAAUGUUUUCAAAAACUUAUUGUGUAAUUAUGCGUCCAUCGUGAACUUUUUGGAAAAGGAAUUAAUUGGUUCCGACAAACCAUUUAAAAAUUGAAAUGAAUAAAUAGGAAUAAAACCUUCAGGGGGUUCUGUACGUUGGUGGAUUGAUCACAUCAAUUGUGUUUCUGAUUAUGGAAGACUUGGACCCUCGAAGAGGAAGUUACAAGUUAUACCUACUUCAUGUAAGUAGCAUGUCAGCUGUAUUGACAAAUACCAUCAUUGUGAUGUUGUAUGUCUUCAACAAACUUCACAGCUUCAUCCAAGAUAGCUACAGUAACCUCAACACAGAGAUUAUGUAA